AAAAACCCAUGAGGGGAAGGGGAUGCGAGCUCCGUCGGGGUACCAGUAGGGGAAUACUUGGCGCACCUGUCUCCUGUGGGGGAUCUUCGGAUUUGAUCAGGGUUUCAUUCACAUGGCUUAUGCUGUGUUUUCGGCAGUUUUGGUUCUGAGGGGCUUGAUGGUACCCUCGUUUCUGCUGGGGACUGUUUCUCAUAUGCCGAUGUGGAAAAGCGUUUUUAUAGUAUUGUGCAUCCAGAGAUAUAAUGCGUUUGGACUCGCACUUGAGUUUUUUUGGGGGACUUGUGAGCUCUGUUUAGACGAGACGUUGUCUUUAUAUAAGAGUUUAAAAAGGUAUUUGAUCUUGCUGAGGGAUCGUGAUUUUUGUUGCAUGAGGGAAUGUUGAUGAGCGCUGCUGAAUACUACAGACUGAUUACUUCAUCUUGCGAUAUAUCACGCUAGCCCUUGGGCAUUUAUCAUGGCGGAAAAUAGAUUGAAGGAUCAUGAAUUGGGUAUGAGGGAGCAUUGGAAGGCUCUGCUCAUCAUCACUCUUGUCUCGUUGAGCUCCUUUCAAUAUGGCCUCGAUUUUGGAAUUAUCGGCGGCCUGCAGGCGAUGAUUGGCUUCCUUCAGAUCUUUGGGGAGAGAGCCCCGUCAACGCCUCUCGGUUGGAACAUCAACGCCGAACGACAGCAACUCAUUUCCUCUCUAAUGGUCCUCGGCGCUUUCAUCUCAUCGUCUACUGCCGGGUUCACAGCCAAGUACUUCGGUCGUAAGAUGUCACUUUGGAUCGCAUGCGUCGGUGUUUUCGUUUCUACGGCACUCAUGCAGGCUACGACGCAGAUUGGGGGCCUGUACGCUGGACGACUCAUCAUCGGGCUGUCGAACGGUCUUCUUAUGACGCAUGCGCAGCUCUAUAUUCAGGAAUGUUCACCUGGUCGAUAUAGAGGAUUUGGCAUUUCUAUAUUCACGUACUGGGUGGCGGUGGGGUCUCUCAUUGGCACAGUAAUCGACAACUUCGCUUCAAAAAUUAAUAGCAGGAACGCAUAUAUAAUCCCGUUAGGCAUCGUCCACGUCAUCCCAUUAAUCUUGACGCAAGUUAUUGACACUCCUUUGAUUCAACUCCCCGACUCAUAUGAGAUUGGUAAAUCUCUGAAGCUUGAUGCUAACUCAGUUGUUCACAAAGGGAGGAUGGAUGAGGCAGAGCGCGCACUUCGGCGGUUGAGACCGGCAGGAUGGUCCGUUAUGGACGAGCUGGAAGAGAUGGCGACAACACUAGCAGCAGAAGCACGAUUGCAGUCCAGCAUAGGAUACCGCACCUUGUUUCAGAAUCCAAUCGAUCGACGUCGUACAUUCUUGUCCGUCUUUGGCUUGACUACUCAGGCUGCCUCCGGGGCUAUGUUCGUGAUCUCGUAUGGCACAUACUUCUUCGAGAUGGCCAAUGUGGGCAACGCGUUCGAGAACUCAUGCAUACUAACCGGGACUGGCGUUGCGGCACUAUUGUUUAACGCCUUGGUCAUCACGAAGUACGGCCGUCGACGCGUCAUGAUGACCUCGGGCUUCAUCGUCUGCGGACUUUCGCAACUGAUCAUGGCUAUUGUGUACACCAUUGAGCCCGGAACGGAGAAAACAGGCAAGGUCAUCGUCGGCCUUAGCGUCAUCUACAUCGUAGCUUAUAAUGCCUUGAUAUCCACCUACGCAUGGCUCUCGGGCGGCGAGCUUGCAUCUCAAAGGUUGCGCAGCCACACUUUCGGCCUGGCCACGGCGAUCGGAUUCUUCGGUGCUUGGCUGACUACAUUUACUGCGCCGUAUUUCAUCAACCCUACACAGCUGAAUUGGGGUCCGAAGUACGGUUAUAUCUGGACGGGCAGCUGUGCUGUAGCCGGAGCCUGGGUCUGGUUGUAUCUGCCUGAGGUCAAAGGUCGUACCCUUGAACAGAUCGACGAAAUGUUUGAGGCUGGUGUUCCUGCUCGUAAGUUUCGAAAAUAUCAAUGCACGCGUCGCGUCGACGAUGAAAAGCCUCAAGUCGAUCAUGUAGAAUCUCAGUCAAGCCAGGAGGAUGGAAGUGAGCCGAAGGUGGUCGCUAAUGUUUCAACAUCAAAAAUCUGAUCUUCUACAUCCUUGAUAAUAUCUAUCAUACCAUUCUCGACUCAUUGCUGGUACAGGGUGCUUCAAGCUGGCAGUUGUAUAUGUCAUGUACAGCGCGAUUGGAUAAUAAGAGAAGAUUGGUAGUCCAUUGGCUUUAUCCGUUAACUUUAAAAAUUUGAUUAUUUUGCCCAAGCACAAGUGCAUAUUCCUGCUAUCUGCGCCUAGUCCUCGACGGCUCAAGCCAUUGUCAUGGGAACCCCUUAUGGCCGCGAAGUACAUGCCUCGUAUCUCGCCCCUAAGAACUCACAACUUUGUGACAGCCUAAACUAGGUACUAGCCGAGAUUCCAAUUUAAUAAGGUGGUUUCUGUCACCAGCUCCAUCAACUUAGCCAAAAGAGAGCUAUCACAGUAGCGCCCUAGAAUCAAUAUAGAUAUAUCAGUGCACACCAUAUUGGAAUUCCCCAAUAUCAAUGCCUCUGAGUAAAGCCGCUUCGAGUUACUUAUAGUGCUCUUCUAAGUUCUGUGCAUUCAAGUUCAACCUAAGCCUAUAAUUGCUACAUGUAAGAUCUGCCUCUCUUUAAUGAAU